GCAUGUGUAGGCGGGUUCUGCGGGUUUCGGUGUGCGCACCUGCGUGUUUAUGAAAGUUUGCAAAGUAGACAAGGGAAAGUUUGACUUGCAAAAUAGCACUUACUUGGAGACUGGAGCUAGAGAGGAUUAAAAAUUGGUCAGAAUUAUCAGAUUUCCUGACAUCUCCCCCUGUCUCCAUUGGUGACCGUACCUAACAACCAUCGUCAUGGGUGAAAUGGAGCAAUUGCGAAAGGAGGCAGACAGUCUUAAAGACCAGAUCACUGCAGCUCGUAAGGCGGUGCAGGACACCACACUGCAGGAGGCAUCAGCUAGUAUCACUGUGGUGGGGCGUGUUCAGAUGAAGACCAGGAAAACGCUAAGGGGUCACCUUGCCAAGAUUUACGCCAUGCACUGGUCCACUGACUCCAAGCUGUGUGUCAGUGCCUCACAAGAUGGAAAACUCAUAGUGUGGGACAGCAUUACAACCAACAAGGUGAAUGCCAUCCCGCUCAAGUCAUCGUGGGUGAUGACUUGUGCCUAUGCACCUUCGGGAAACCUAGUGGCUUGUGGUGGUCUGGACAACAUGUGCUCCAUCUACAAUCUCAAGGGCAAGGAUGGAAAUGUCAAGGUCAUGCGUGAGCUGGCAGCACACACAGGUUACCUGUCCUGCUGUCGUUUCCUUAGUGACAGUGAGAUCAUCACAAGCUCUGGCGACUGCACUUGCGUACUAUGGGACAUUGAGACAGGAACCCAAAAGACCAUCUUUGCAGGACACCAGGGAGACUGCAUGUCUCUGGCUGUGUCCCCAGACUUCAAGUUUUUCAUCUCAGGGGCGUGCGACUUCACGGCCAAGCUGUGGGACAUCAGGGAGGGCGCAUGCAGACAGACCUUUGGAGGCCAUGAGAGUGACAUCAAUGCAAUUGGGUUCUUUCCCAAUGGUAACGCAGUGAUAACUGGGUCCGAUGAUGCUACUUGUAAGUUGUACGACCUGCGAGCUGACCAGGAGCUCAUCACCUACCAGGACUCUGGCAUCAUGUGUGGGGUGACCUCCCUGGCACCCUCCCUGUCUGGCCGUCUGAUAUUGGCUGGCUAUGACGACUUCAACGUCAACAUCUGGGACUCGCUUAAAGCUGAGAGAGUGGGGGUCCUGGCUGGUCAUGACAACAGGGUGAGCUGUAUCGGGGUGUCUGCAGAUGGCAUGGCGUGUUGCACAGGAUCCUGGGACAGCUUCCUCAAGAUAUGGAACUGAGGCUGUUCCUCACCAGUGAGCAGAAAGAGAGCAGUUAAACAUCUGCCUAGGAGAAAGAGAAGAUAAAAAGAAAUUGGAGUUUGAGGGAGGGAUAAGGGACAAGGAGCUGCAUAGGGUGAGAAGAGGGUAUUUUAAUUGUGCCAAGACCUAUCUAAUGUUGGAGAGGGGUUGUAAUGUGAAGAUUGUCUCCUCUCUCUUUCACAUUGCGCUCUCACCUUUCUUCUCACGUUAUGGGGGAAUUUGGGGUUGGGACAUUGGGUGGGGGGUCUUAGAAAAGACCAUUCCUGUUAACAGUGAAUUAUAUUGCGGUUCAAAUCAAAAACAUAUGCACAUGUAUCGCAGCAAGGUCACCCAAUGAGAACAGUUGCCAAAUGGAAAUGGUAGCACACUGGAUGAGAUAGAACUGAAUACGUGUCAGUACAGCCUGUGUAGGUUCACACUAGCUCUACUAAUAUGCUGUGUUUUAUAUCAAGCAUAAGUUAUGUCAAACGAAUUAUAUGAGCAUUUGCGUUCUUGUUUCAGACUGUUGUUUGUUCUUAGUUUUGGUAGAUUCCCUAGAUGCUUACAUUUACAUUCUUUUCAUUUUCUAAUUUUAAUUGAAAUUAUAGUUUGCAGAUGUCUACAUUAGUGUUUGAGUUGUUUUGUAUGUGAUCGAUGGACAAUAUUUACCAGGAUUUGGGGUCUCAUCACUUGGACUAACCAAGGUUAGACCUGAAAAGUGCUUUGGGUAAACUGCUGAAUUGACAGAUGGGAUAGUAAAAUGGUUAAUAUGGUUCAUUAAGCACUAACAAAAAAGAUGACCCAUUUGUCUCAGGACAGGACUCUUUGUAUGAGUGUUUUUUUUUCUUCUUGGAUGAUAACUGCUAUUGUGUGCAUAUGAGCAAUACAUCUGAAUCUGUACAUAAGAGCUUACAAUUUCCUCUGCAUGAUAACUUAUAAACUUAAAAGAAAGUUUGUGUAAAUACAAAAAAAAUCUCCAAGCUCUGACUAGAAUUUGGACAACCUCUUUUCCAACACUUGGAUACACACUGUGCAAAGUAAAGCAAUACUACCUUUCUUAAAGACUAAUAAACCUGGGAUUCAGCAUUACACAAGUCUUCAGUGUUAAUUUCUGACUUGCUGACCUCAGUGCUAAUUCUGCACUUAAUAUGUUCAUAUUUAAAUCCUGUUUUUUUUUUUAUUGAACCAUAAAAUAUGGUAUC